AGCCCCUUUUGACGCAUUGUGGGGCCCCAGUUGCGAUGAAGCGCAUCCAGCGUGUGGCACUACUUGCUCUUACCGUCGUGGCAGUAUUUCUAAUAUUAAUUACACGAACAGGAAAACCCCCGGAUAGCCUUUUAAAUCUCCGUGAUUUUCACUACACCAUCCAACAGCCAUCAUGUGGUAGCCUUGGUGUUAAUCCAUUGGUUGUAAUUCUCGUGCACAGUGCUCCGGGGAAUUUACGGAAGCGUCAAACAAUUCGUGAAACGUGGGCUUCGUGGAGGCGACACACGCGUGUUGUCUUCCUCGUAGGACUCUCCCAGGGGCAUCAGGAGGCCAUUGAGCACGAAGCAAAUGUCUUUGGGGAUGUUGUCCAAGGAUCUUUUGUUGAUUCCUACCGAAAUUUGACCUAUAAACACGCAAUGGCACUCAAAUGGGGCUCCGAGGAAUGCCCUCAGGCUCGUUAUGUGUUCAAGGCAGAUGAUGAUAUUUUCAUCAAUAUUCCAGCACUUUGUGAUUUCUUAGAAGCACCACCAAGUCAACAUGAGAUCUUCUGUACGCAUUUACUAGCAAAUCCCGUAUUAAGGAAUGAAGCAUCAGCUUGGUAUGUUAGCCCAGAGGAGUACCCAAAUGAAACUUAUCCACACUACUGCUCAGGCUGUGGCAUUAUCUACCCACAGAGUAUCCUGGAGAGGCUCCAGAUGGCCUUCAAGGAGAUCCCAUUCUUCUGGAUUGAUGAUGUCUUCGUCUCAGGGAUAGCAAGGCAGAAAGCUUCCGUGGCCAUCCAUGAAAUUGAUCGGUAUGUUCUUCAAACACCCCAGGCUGGGGAUAUUGUAUCAGGGAAGCUUUCUGAGGGCCUCCUGGAUGGUAUUUUAUACUCCAAUGAAAUAAGUGAGCACAUUUUGAGGCAUUUGUGGCAUAAAACACAACUUCGUGCCCUUGAUGGACAAUCUACUCCACCCUAAAAGGAUGAAGGAAUUUAGUUUUUUUACUGCCUUUUCUGGAUUUUUUUUAA